GGAAACCCACUUUGAUAAGCGGUAUUAAAGUAUAGUUCCAAGGUGAGCUCUUGCUUUACAGGGAUUAAAACAUGAUGAGCCUCUAGUGAAAGGUACCGAUAAUCAUAAGAACACCUUUCUAUUCAUGAUACAACAAUCAUUCGGUUUGUUCAUAAUCUUUAGACUGUGUCAGCCAUCCUCGACUGAAUGAUUUUGCUUUGAUUUGCAUAGAGCAACGAAGAUUAAGAGGAACAAAGCUUAGAAGUUAACAAACCGCCACUGAAGACUAAAGACUUACGAAAAACAGCCCGUUUAUUUUGAAGGUAGUAACAUUUAAAAGCACUUAGAGCAGAUAUAUAAGUAGCAUCUCAGUGAAGAACGGAUAAUCGGUGCUAUAAGGUAUCUUGCCUUAGCGCCGGGGUAUUAUUCGAUAUUUUGGGUGUAUCUUACUUCAGGCGUAUCGGCAGUCGUAUAGUCAGUAGUAAGCUCAACCGUCAACAUGUUGGAAAAUUCAAGUACGAGAAGUCGUCCUAGAUCUGUUUCCCAAAGAUUGUCGGCAGUUCUCCAAAGUUCUUCCUUGGAGGCAUGCACGUAUAAGCUGGUGUACUUGUUUUUCUACGCUGCAUUUGGAUCGACGCUUGUGUACUUGCCCUUAUAUUUUAAGUACGUUGGACUCAACGCUGCCCAGGUUGGAGUUCUGACUGGCAUUCGACCAUUCAUCCAGGUUAUAGGAGCUCCAAUUGGAGGUUUUUUAGCCGAUAAAUUCAAGAAAAGGAAAUUAAUCGUGGUUAUUGCGUUGUUGGCAUUCACGGUUAAGCAUUUGGGGAUAUUUUUGGCUCAUACACCGACUCAAAAUUGCUUGUCAACGAACGGCAAUGGCUCCGAUUUACACUCGGAAAAUGACACAAACCUAACACGUAGAAUUGUCGAUUUAAAACGGAACUUGCAGCUAAAUUGGUCACAUGACUUCAAUUUAAAAAGAACAACUAGCAGAGACGGAUACGAAGGUUUCAGUGGUAUUCAUCUUGAUGCUACACCAAGGCCAGUACAUAAUGAAAAAAGGAUGAGGAUUGUCAAACACAGACCAAAAGUACAAGACUAUCCAUACUUAGAAGAACAAAUGGUAGACGAGGAAGAGAAUCGUCUUAAAGAAAAUCACCGAGAACUAAAUAAAGAAAUACACUCCAAACACACGAGACGAACCAGACGUGACGCCAUCACCAGAAGCAACCACACGAGACAGAGUAGACCUAAAAGCAAAAUAAUAAGAAACCAGAAUGACAUAAAUAGGGAUUUUGUUUUAUUCCUUCUAAUAAUAUUGUUUUGUGAGCUUGUUGCAUCGUGCAUGCUCAGCCUCCUUGAUGGCGCUGUUAUGGAAUUACUUGGCGAAGAGAGGAAUAACUACGGAAUGUUUCGCCUCUGGGGGUCUUUGGGAAUUUGCACAGCAUCGAUAACAAUAGGAGCAGUCAUCGAGCAAAACGUCUAUAUCUAUUGUGAUAUUGAACUCAAAGACUACCGAAUACUCUUUUAUUUUUUAUUCGGCUUUAGUUUUCUCGCCCUACUUGCCUUUUUGAACACCAAACAUUUGUAUUCUGUGGAUAUCAGGAAAAUGGGAUCGGAUAUUUCGAAGUUUAAAGAAUUUUUUUCUGGGGUUAAAAAUAUUGCAUUCUGGAUAACAGUCAUUGGCUUGGGCAUUAUCGAUGGAUUUCAAAUGGAUUUUGGUCCCUGGUUCCUUGACGACCUGGGUACUAGUCCAGCCUUGAUUGGCGUGGCAACGUCUCUUCAUUUUGUCGUCAACGCCUUUACAUAUAUGUUCUCAAACCAUAUAAUCAAUAGACUUGGGUAUAUGAACACGCUGACGUUAGGGCUCUGUGUGUAUGCAGUUGUCUUUGUUGGGUUCUCCUUCGCUCGAGUCCCCUGGAUUGCCAUUGUUUUAUUUUCUCUUGUUGGGUUAGUGUCAUCCCUGACUUGGGCGUGUGGAAUCACCUACGUUGCUAUGGUUGCAAGUCCUCUUGGUAUUGUAUCAACAGCUGAAGGUUUAAUGAAUGGCAUCUACACAGGGAUAGGCAUUUCAUUUGGGACUGUUAUUGGUGGUGUCAUAAUCAAGGUUAUUGAUAUUCGCACGGCGUUUAGAGUGGAUGCAGCACUCGCCAUAAUGGUCGCAGCCAUCUUGAAUCUUCUUCUAUGGAUUGAUGGACGAAGGAAAAAACAAGGGGAAACUGCUUAUCAAUCCCUGAAAGCUGAAUCUGAGGACGAAUAGGGAUUUGCAAACUGAUUCCCAAGGGAAUGAGAUAUCUAAUACACACUUUUAUCUUAUUAAUUACAAUAAAUAAAUUUACAAAAACACAACAACCUGCAAAUAGGAAAACUAAUCAAUACAAUAUAUAUUCAUUAAAAAUUUUGUAAAAAACUGCACACAUUUGCACAAAUUAGUAAGUUCAGUAGACCUCAGUAGAGUGCAAACAAUAUGACCGUGAAACUUUAGUAAUACUAAAUAGCACAACUACAUGCAAAUUCCAUUGUUUUCUAUWGUUUAAUUGGCACUAUUUUGUACCAUUUAGUAAUUAGUGUUACACGGAUUAAUUGUUUGCACUCUAAUCCGUAGACCUACAAACAUUUGCACUAUAAUUCGUACAAUUUUGGUAUUUAACUUUUUCACGGUUGGGUCAAAACCGCACAAUCGUUCAAACGAUACGAUGAGUAUCUCGAUUUCCCAGUGAUAUUUGUUCAUUUGGACAAAAUCUGGCUUCAUUUGUCAAGCUCAAUGGUCUUAUACAACUACAUAUAUUAAGAAUGUUCAUUUAGAGAAACACCUGUAAAUGUGACGCAGUGACGAAACUAUAUUCAAUUAUCAGUACAAACAAAAUAUCAAGGUGUUCGAUGAUAAAAAUAAAAUUUUUUUUUUGAAAAAUCGAAAAACAACACAACAAGUGAACAAUCUACAAUAAAGAACACUUGAAAACCUGACAAAAUGUACAAAGAAUUUUGUUAAUUUCUUUGAACAGAAACAUACACUUUGUUUAAUUAAGUUCAUUUUCUUUUGAGAAACAGUUUCGAAAAUGACACCGAUGUACACAAGAUUUUGUUAAUUUUUCAAGAGAAAACACAACUUGUUCAAAUAGAAUUUGAAACAGCGCGGGCACAAUGGAGGAACGAAAAAGUAAUAAAUGUAGAUACAAAUGGCCCGAAAAACAACAAUGAAAUAAAGAGGCUCAUUUCAG